AUGACAACGACACCAUCAUCAGCAGCAGAGAAAGAAGGGCGACACUCGAGAGCCAGCAGCCGCAGCAGCAACAGCAGCAAGGGCAGCAAGGGCAGCAGGGGCAGCAGGAGUGGAAGCAGAGACAAGAAGAAGAAAAACAACAACGGGACCAUCGACUUUGACGAGUUCUGUCGUCUGUACUCCAAGUUCAGCUCCAAAGAGCAGGACAGGAAAGACGCGAUGCUCCACUCCAUCGACAAACUAUUCCCCAGCACUGAUGGUGAACCAGUGGCUCUGAAAAAGGUGGAGAAGUUGUUACUGAAGCUCCAGAAGCCGGACCUGGACAUGCGGCUGGUGAGGGAGAAGAGUGACCUCAAUGAGAAGGACGUUAAGUACCUGGUCCGCUCCAUGGACGCUGACGGAAACGGAUACAUCUCUAAAGACGAGUUCGUGAACAAGCUGUGCCAGCACUUGGACCUAGACGGCUAGUCGGAGGCUGUACCUUAGUGUCAUUUGUUCCCGACGCCAUGUAUGAUAGCACUAUCAAAAUUAUAGUACAUGUAUAAUAAUUAAUAUAUAUGGUAUCGUGGUGAAAUCAGACGCUCGUCAUACUACUGAAAAAAGACACCCCCCCCCCCCACACCUCAUUUGGCAAUGUUAUAGAAUCGAUUUUGGGUUUAUUUGUUUUAGGGUUACCACUUUUUACGUCCACUUAUAAUCACAUUUGUGCGCGUGGAUUUUUAUUGAAAAACAUUGAUCAAAAGCACAAAAAUGUAAAUUUGCAGUUUGAAGUACUCUGUUACAGCUGUAGAAGUCACCAAAGUUGGCAGCUAUUUUCUUCAUACUCUUACCUCUGACGGCCGACGACACCCACCUAUUUUUAUUACAAAAAUCUCGACUUCUGUUCAAGAGAGAUGGACUUUUUUCACCAAAAGCAAGGGAAACAAAUGAAUAGGGUUUUAAGAAUACCUGGAUACCUGGAUACCUGAAUACCUGGAGGUAUCAUCCCUGACUCAGAGGUUGACGUGUAAUGACUCUCCAUCCUUCACGGUCGCGAGCUGCAGUUGCAUAUUCUGCCAACAUACAGGCCAGUCCAUGUUCUCAUGUUUGCCAUCCGUGCUACUCUUCGCCUUCCUCUUUUUAAGAAUACACGAAUAUCGUCCUAUAAGAGCCAGCUCCACGUAUCAAGGUUUUAGCGAAUUUUUCAGGAGGAACAAAAAAACGAUUAAUGUAGGUAUGUAUGAAUGAUCAACACACCGGAAACCGUCAAGCCCUAAAAGUGUAUCACAUGAUACAUACGUGAUUUAGGAAUUCUUGGCGUUACUGUCGGUUCCGUAGUAGAGUCUAAUUCUUGUUGCGUCAUCCAAGUUGUAACAAUAUUGAAAUCCAUUCUGCUCUUUUCAAGAUGAGCUAAUUUGGAAGCAAGCAGCUAUGAUAAUUGAAACAGUUAUUUGCUUUUCAUAGCGAUUUUAAGGCGGGGAACUCAAUGAAACUUAUACAGAAAUGAAGUCCACUAUACGCGCUUUCGAUUGGUGAAAACAUUUUUUCGCGCCAAAAUCAUGAUACGCGGAUGUGGCUCUUAUAGGACUAUAUCCUAAUACCAGAAACUUGCCGGGCGCCUGAUUCCACCGCGAAGAGACAUUAUUGUCUUGUUUUUGUUCCGAGCUCCAUGACUCAUCCCACUUGGGUCUUACCUUCCGUCCAUCUAUGACUGUGAUAUUUAUGAACAUGUUGUAAAAAAAAUGAACCAAAUAAGUUGAAUUUGUACCU